AUAUUGAUACAGCAGUCAUAUGGCACUAUAAAAUAAAAUAUUUUAACCUAAUAGUACACUACAAAAUACACCUCCAUUUUAGGUGGAGUGAAAUGAAAGAUGGCAGGAAAACAACAGACCAACUAUGCCAAGCAGUUGAAAUGGAGGAAGCUUUUGAGAAAGCCAAGCACAGAAUAGAGGAGUGCGAGGUAACUUAUAGAUAUAGCUUCCUGAAAUUAGCAAAAUAUGUUUGGAUGCAUGAAAUCCUAAUCAUCAGUUACCACUUUUAUAAGUUACCAGUUACCACUUUUAUUUUACAAAUAAGUACGAGUAUAUAAGUAGAGAAGCCUAACACAAUGUUCAAUAAUAAUCUGUAUAGCAAUGAUAUCAUGUUCACUUCUUAUUUGUAGAUAAUAAAAGACAGAUGUUGGAGGUAGGUCCAUGGGCAGGCCUGGAGGGAUGCCCCUUGGCAAAAACUCUGAAAAAAUCUGCAUGAUUUUUUAAAUAACACUUGUGAUGACAGUGGCAGAGUUUCAUUUGUAAAUGUCUAAUUUUGUAAAAUUGCAUUUGUAGAAAUCUUUGAAAAUCUCUGAUUUUUUCAUUAACAAUUGUAUAACACUGGAUUAAUACAACUCCUACAGUAAAAUAGUAUCAUUUUUGAAUGACUAGCCUAAUUUGUUAAAUUGUACAUUUUUCACAAUAACAAUAAUGUAUAAUACAAGUCACACAGUAACAUAGUUUCAUAUUGAACAUGUUGAAUGAAUAAUAUGUUAAAUUGUAGAGUCUUUGAAUAUCUCUGCAUGAUUUUUUACAAUAACAAUUGUAUAAUACAACUUUCACAGCAUGUGCAUAACAAUAACAUAGUUUCAUUUUUGAAUGAUUUAUAUGUUAAAUUGGAAAAAGUCUUUGAAUAUCUCUGCAUAAUUUUUUGCAAUAACAAUUGCAUAAUACAACUUU